AUGACGCUCAAUGUGUGCUCUCACUUGAUUAUCGCUGCUGUUCCCCUCUUUCCCUCUCGUCCCUUCCCUCUCCCAUUGCUUUCCUCCCCUCUUCGCCAGCUUCUAAUCGCUGCUGACGACUGGUCAACCCAUGCCCAAGGCGUCCCAGGAACCACACGGUACCGCAUUGCAAACCUUCCGAGCCAAACCGGCCCAGGCGUGUACGAGCUCGGGGUCCUGCCGAACCGGGUGGUUCGGCGGCAGCGGCGGCUGCAGGGGUUGCCGGUGCGGGUGGUGUAUGUGGGGCAUUCGGAGAGUGUGAGGAGCAGGAUGCAGCAGUAUGGGCAGUCAGGGUCGCACCUAAAAGAACUCUUUGAAGGCGUGUUUGCGGAAGACUAUUCCCUCAUUUUCCGCUGGACUCCUGUAAGCCGUGCUGUGGGACUGUAUGCCCUCACCUUCCACUGGACCACUCACCUGAGGGAGCUCUUUGAAUGGGUCUUCGCACAGGACUAUGCCCUCACCUUCCGCUGGACCCCUGCUGUUACAAAGGCAGAAGCAGCAGCAACGGAAACCCUCCUCCUCUCUUCCUUCGACUAUGUCUGGAAUGUCUGCAACGACCACCACAACCGCCUCUUGACUAUCAUCCCUUGGUGCCCGUUUGCUACAAUCCCCAUCCUAAUUCCUCUCUCCCCUCUUUCCCAGGCGACCACAAAGGCAGAAGCAGCGGCAACGGAAACCCUGCUGCUCUCUUCCUUCGACUAUGUCUGGAACGUCUGCAACAACCACCACCGCCGUCACGACCGCCUCUUGACCAAGCUGCAAGUCGGGUCCUCCUUCUCUCGCCGUGUUGCAGUUGCGUUCCCCUUCCUUCCCGUCGCUCGACUCGUCACUCCUGUGGCUGUUGGGCCUUCUAUCUCCCUCGCUUCUGCUGCUGCGGCGGCGGCGGCUGCUCCCCUUCCUGAUUCACCUACUGCCUCCGGUGCUGUUUCUCCUUCUGCCACCCGCCAUUCAAAUCACUAUGCUGCUAAGCCCCAGGACAGACAACCGCAGGACAGACCACUGGCUAGACCAACAGACAAAACUCCUGACAGAUCACCUCACAGAACACCUGAGAAAAGACAAGAGGACUCUGCGAUUAAGGUCUGCGGAGCACCGCUCUCUCAAGGGGGGAUUUGUAGGCAGGCAGCAGUGGAAGGGCGAGUGCGGUGUGCCGAGCACAAGGGCAUGAGGGUAAAGGCAAGCCCUGAAGUUUCUGAAGCGCCUGAACAGGCGCCUCAAAAGCCGUCCUCCCCUCUCUCGGAAAGUGCCUUCAAAGUUUCUGAGGCGUCUCAACAGGUUCCCCUGAAGGUGCCACAUCAAAAGGUGGAUCAAAACAAGAAGGUGCCUCGAAAUUCUGCUAGGGAUGUGGGUGCUGCUGUGGCGUGCGGGGCGCCGGUUAAUGGUGGAGGAACUUGCCAGGAAGCUGCUGUGAAGGGUAGAGUAAGGUGUGUAGCGCAUAAGGGAAUCCGUGUCAAAGGGAGAGCUGGCCUGUGA